AUGUCGGCAUCGGAGGGUAGAUUGGCUGUGACAGAGCGAAACCAGCCUGCGAAACAUGUACUCUUGCGGGGGUGCCUUGCACUUUCACUCCAACAGCGCAGCAACGGAAAAGUGUUCGCGACCACCAAUUAUUUGCUUGAAUCCCACAGCUUCGAUGCUGCGCUAUCGAACUUCCGGUGGCAUCUCGGGUUCUGCGGUCCUCGCGCCGCUCCUUUUGCUCUAACACCAUCCUUCUCCUCCACCGUUUACGAACGGACGGGGUUCGUUCUCAAUAUUGAAGAUUUCUUAAAUCAGCUAGCGCAAUCGUUCAAACUGCAGCAUCCAACACAUUCAACGAGGACCAUUGUUCCGAAGUGGCCUCCACAGUCUCUAAUACAGCGUUCGAUAGAGUACUUUGCGAAAAACAGACUCUAUUCCAUUUUCCCUGCUGUCGACUUGGAAAAUACACCCAUUCAUCUCGACUCAAAAGCCCUUGGAAAUCCCGACAGCACAACCAGUCCUGCCAACUAUGCCUGUCUGGUUGCUUUAACGGCUCUGAUAACCCGAAUCCGCGGGAAUGACCUGGCUUUUGCUGACGCCGACCCUGAUGCGUAUGUGCAAGCAGUGCUGACUUUGUUACCCGAGUUGAUAAUAGACAAUGCCAACAUACGAAGCCUUGAAGCUCUCACCUUGCUAGUCCUGUACAUUGCCCCCCUUGGUCAACCGCGGCCGGCAGGUAUUCUGCUUGCCAUGGCUAUCCGAAUGCUGUAUAAUAUGGGAGCAAACCGAAACAGGGCACCCCCCGAUGAGACUUUAGAACAGAGCCAACACCGCCAACACGUGCGAGCUCUGUUUUGGGUAUGCUACUCCAUCGACAAAGAAAUGUCGCUUCGGGAAUGCAAGGCUCCUUUAAUAAACGAUGCCGACUGUGAUCUGCAUCUGCCUGCCGCUUAUGUCUCGACUUCCUCUAAUCGGUCAUUCUUUCCAGAGCCUUUAUCAACGAAAGAGCUUCUCCUCCCGUCGGACCUUCGUCUUGCCCUAAUAAAAUCCAAAAUACAGCAUUUGCUGUACUCUGGCCAUGCAAAGAUUCAUGGAGCGAGCAAUAAUGGAGGUAUACCAUCUCGUGAGAGCUGGUCCCUACUACCGUCUAGUAUGGAGAUUUGCCACCAGUCAGCACGGUCCACUUUACUCUAUCUCAGUCGAAUGCGCCAUUCGAUAAUGCCUGAAACCUUCUGGUUGCUUGACGAUUGUUUUUGA